AUGAACAGUUCCCUUAUUUUUCAUAAAAGGAUCCAUAUGGGAGAGAAGCCCUAUAAAUGUGAAGAGUGUGGGAAGAAUUUCACCACAAGCAGUGAGCUUACUUCCCAUAAAAGGGUCCACACAGGAGAGAAACCCUUUAAAUGCGUAGAGUGUGAGAAGUGCUUUAGCACAAGUAGUGAGCUUUCUUCCCAUAAUAGAGUGCAUACAGGAGAGAAGCCUUACAAAUGCGCAGAUUGUGGAAAAAGCUUCAGUCAUAGUAGUUCUCUUACUUCCCAUAAAAGGAUGCAUUCAGGGGAAAAACCAUAUGAAUGCAAGGACUGUGGAAAAAGCUUUACUACGAACAGUUCCUUUACUCUGCAUAAAAGGAUCCAUACAGGAGAGAAACCCUAUAAUUGUCUAGAAUGUGGGAAAAGUUUCAGUCACAGUGGUUCUCUUACUUCCCAUAAACGGGUCCACACAGGAGAGAAACCGUAUAAAUGCACAGACUGUGGAAAGAACUUUAGAAAUAGCAAUCACUUGACUACCCAUAAAAGGAUCCAUUCAGGGGAAAAACCCUAUAAAUGCAAGGACUGUGGAAAAAGCUUCAGUAUGAAGAGUUCAUUUACUUUUCAUAAAAGGAUCCAUACAGGAGAAAAACCAUAUAAAUGCCUAGAAUGUGGAAAGAGCUUCAGUCACAGCGGGUCCCUUGCUUCACAUAAAAGGGUUCAUACAGGAGAGAAACCCUAUAAAUGUAAGGAUUGUGGAAAGAGCUUUAGCAACAGUAGUCACUUAACCUCCCAUACAAGGAUCCACUCGGGGUUGAAGCCAUAUAUAUGCAGGGAAUGUGGGAAGAGUUUUAUUUCAAGCAGCUCCCUUGCUAAUCACAUUAGUAUUCACACAGGAGAAAAACUAUAUCAAUGUACAGAGUGUGGGAAGAGUUUCAGGUUGAAAACUCACUUAACUUCCCACAAAAGGGUCCACACAGUGGAGAAACCAUACGAAUGCAUAGAGUGUGGAAAGAGCUUCAGUCAUAGUGAUUCACUUACUUCCCAUAAUAGGAUCCAUACAGGGGAGAAAAAAUAUGCAUGCAUGAUGUGUGGAAAAAACUUCAGGUGGAGGAAUCAACUUACUUCCCAUAAAAGGAUGCAUACAGGGGAAAAACCUUAUAAGUGCAUAGAGUGUGGAAAAAGCUUCAGUAUGAACAGUUCGCUUAUUUCUCACAAAAGGGUCCAUACCGGAGAGAAACCUUAUCAGUGUAUAGAUUGUGGGAAAAACUUCAACACAAACAGUGACCUUAGUUCUCAUAAUCGGGUUCACACAGGAGAGAAACCCUUUCAAUGUAUAGAAUGUGGAAAGAGCUUCAGCAUGAAUAGUUCCCUUACUUGUCAUAAGAGGAUCCAUACUGGAGAGAAAAAAUAUGUAUGCAUGGUGUGUAGAAAGGACUUCAUGUGGAGGAAUCAACUUACUUCCCAUAAAAUGAUGCAUACAGGGGAAAAACCUUAUAAAUGCAAGGACUGUGGGAAAAUCUUCAAUAUGAACAGUUCUCUUACUUCUCAUAAGAGGAUCCACACCGGAGAGAAACCCUAUAAAUGUAUAAUGUGUGGGAAGAACUUCGGCACAAGCAGUGACCUUUCUUCCCAUAAGAGGACCCACACAGGAGAGAAACCCUUUAAAUGCUUGGAGUGUGGAAAGUGCUUUAGUGCGAACAGUUCCCUUACGUCUCAUAAAAGAACCCAUACAGGGGAGAAACCCUUUCAAUGCACAGAGUGUGGAAAGAGGUUCAGUAUGAAUAGCUCCCUUACUUCUCAUAAAAGAAUUCAUACUGGAGAAAAACCAUAUUCAUGCAUAGAGUGUGGGAAGAACUUCAGUUCAAUUAAUUCCCUUACCUACCAAAAAAGGAUCCAUACGGGAGAAAAACCUUAUAAAUGCCUGGAGUGUGGAAAGAGCUUCAGCAGCAGUAGUUACCUGACCAUCCACAGAAGGGUCCACACAGGAGAAAAACCUUAUAAAUGCAUAGACUGUGGGAAAAGCUUCAGUAUGAAAAGUUCUCUUACUUCUCAUAAACGGGUUCAUACAGGAGAGAAACCUUAUAAAUGUCUGGAGUGUGGGAAAAGCUUCGGGAACAGAGAUCAUCUGACUUCUCAUCAAAGGACCCAUACAGGGGAAAAACCUUAUAAAUGCACAGACUGCGGAAAGACGUUUAAUUGGCAUGGCCACCUGACUUCUCACAAAAGGAUUCACACGGGAGAGAAACCCUAUCAAUGCCUGCAGUGUGGGAAGAGCUUCAGUAUGAACAGUUCCCUUACUUCUCAUAAAAGGAUCCAUACCGGAGAGAAACCCUAUCGAUGCUUGGAGUGCGGAAAAAGCUUCAGUAUGAACAGUUCUCUUACUUCUCAUACAAGAGUUCAUACUGGAGAGAAACCCUUUCAGUGCCUGGAGUGUGGAAGAAGCUUCAGUAUGAAAAGUUCCCUUACUUCUCAUCAAAGGAUUCACACUGGAGAAAAACCCUACAAAUGCGUAGACUGUGGGAAAAGCUUCAGUAUGAAAAGUUCCCUUACAUCUCAUCAAAGGGUCCAUACGGGAGAGAAACCCUAUCAAUGCUUAGAAUGUGGGAAGAAGUUCAGCCAUAGCAGUCAGCUUACUUCCCAUAAAAGGGUUCACACAGGAGAGAAACCCUUUACAUGCACAGUGUGUGGAAAGAGCUUCAGCAACAGCAAUCACCUGACCUCCCACAAAAGAAUGCACACAGGGGAAAAACCCUAUAAAUGUAUGGAUUGUGGAAAAAGCUUCAGUAUGAACAGUUCCCUUACCUCUCACAAAAGGAUCCAUUCAGGAGAAAAACCCUAUAAGUGUGUUGAGUGUGGAAAAAGCUUCGGUAUGAACAGUUCUCUUAGAUACCAUAAAAGGAUCCAUAUGGGAGAAAAACCCUAUAAAUGCAUAGAAUGUGGGAAGAGCUUCAUCCGACGCAGCGAUCUUGCUUCCCACAAAAGGAUCCACACAGGAGAGAAACCCUUUAAGUGUACAGAAUGUGGAAAAAGCUUCAGUAUAAACAGUUCUUUUAAUUAUCAUAAAAGGCUCCAUACGGGAGAAAAACCCUACCAGUGCCUGGAGUGUGGGAAGAGCUUCAGCAAGAGCAGUGUUCUGGCUUACCACAAAAGGAUCCAUUCAGGGGAAAAACCUUAUAAAUGCACAGACUGUGGUAAGACCUUCAAUUGGUAUGGCCACCUUACUUCUCAUAGAAGGAUUCACACGGGGGAGAAACCCUACAGAUGCCUAGAGUGUGGAAAGAACUUUAGUCACCGUGAUUCCCUUACUUCCCAUAAAAGGAUCCACACAGGAGAAAAACCCUAUAAAUGUAUGGAAUGUGGGAAGAGUUUCAGUCACAACAGUCACCUUACUUGUCAUAAAAGGAUCCAUUCAGGGCUGAAGCCAUAUAUAUGCAAUGAAUGUGGAAAAAGUUUUGUUACAAGAGGUUCCCUUACCAAACACAUUAACUGUCUCAAAUCCCAUAAAAGGAUCCAUACAGGGGAAAAGCCUUAUAAAUGUGUGGACUGUGGUAAAAGGUUCAGUGUAAAGAGUUCCUUUACUUCCCAUAGAAGGAUCCAUACUGGAGAAAAACCCUUUAAAUGCAUACAGUGUGGGAAGAGCUUCAGCACUAGUAGUUACCUAAUAUGCCAUAGAAGGGUCCAUUCAGGGGAAAAACCCUAUAAAUGUGUAGACUGUGGAAAAACCUUCAGGAUGAAUGCUUCUUUUACUAAGCAUAAAUUGAUCCAUGCGGGAGAGAAACCAUUUAAAUGCAUAGAGUGUGGGAAGAGCUUUAGGCAAAGUGGUGGCCUUGCUUCCCAUAAAAGGAUUCAUACAGGAGAGAAACCCUAUAAGUGUAUUGAGUGUGGAGAGAGCUAUAGAAAUAGUAAUCAACUGACCUCCCACAAAAGGAUCCAUUCAGGUGAAAAACCUUAUAAAUGCACGGAGUGUGGAAAACCCUUCAGGACAUGCGGUUCCCUUGCUUCCCAUAAACGUAUCCAUACAGGAGAGAAACCUUAUAAAUGCAUGGAGUGUGGAAAGAACUUCAGCGUAAAGAGUGCUCUUACUUCUCAUAAACGGAUUCACACAGGGGAAAAACCCUAUAAAUGCAUAGACUGUGGGAAGGGCUUCAGGCAAAGCUGUGCCCUUGCUUCCCAUAAACGGGUCCACACAGGAGAAAAACCGUAUAAAUGCAUGGAGUGUGGAAAGAGCUUCAAAAACAGCAGUUACCUGACCUGCCAUAAAAGAAUCCAUACGGGAGAGAAACCCUAUACAUGCCUGGAGUGUGGAAAGAGCUUCUCUAUAAAGACUUCUCUUACUUCUCAUGAAAGGAUUCACACAGGAGAGAAACCCUAUAAAUGUCUAGAGUGGGAAAAACCUUAUAAAUGCACAGACUGUGGAAAGACCUUCGCUGGCAGUGGCUAUCUGACUUACCAUAAAAGGACCCACACCGGAGAGAAACCCUAUAAAUGCCUGGAAUGUGGAAAGAGCUUCUGUGAUAACCGUGUCCUUACUUCCCAUAACAGGAUCCACAUGGGAGAGAAAUUGUAUGUAUGCAAUGAAUGUGGGAAGAGUUUAAGUUCAAGCAGCUCCCUUGCUUACCACAUUAGUUCUCACACACGGAAGAAAUUGCAUCAGUGCACGGAGUGUGGGAAGAGCUUCAGAUUAAAAAGACACCUUACUUCCCAUAAGAGGAUCCACAUAGCAGGGAAAUAG